CGCGCACCGCCCUGAAUGAAGACGGAGGAAGCGCACGUCCUUCGCGUUGGAAAAUGUGCGAUCGGAGCCUGUGCCGGCCGGGCUACGUGGGCUCCCUCCUGAACUUGCCCUCUGCCGCCGACUCCUUUUACUUCCCCAACCUGCGAGCUAAUGGAAGCCACCAGCUGGCCGCCUCGUUACCCGCGCUCUCCUACCAGAGGACCAUCGCGUGGACUUGCGCCAGCUCCUGCCCAGCUCAGCCCUCCAGCCACGUACUCAGCGGCUCGUCGCAGCCUCCGUCUUACCUCGCCGCAGCCACUGGUUCCCUCCCCGGCGUCAGCCUCAAUCCCAGCGGCAGCAAAGCCGCCUUGGACGGCCACCACCCCAAGUACUCCGCCCACGAAGCCUCUCCCAAGCAGGACGAGAGAGGCAGGCAGAGCAGGGAUGCUUUGGCAGACGACUCGAGUUGCGGGAGAAUGGCCAAAGGGCUCAGGUAUGAGCCGAGAAGCCUGCCCAGCGCACCAGCGUCUCUUUUGAACGCGGAUUCUUCCGCCUCGGCUUUAAAGGAGGACCUCAAGCACGCCAUCAACUUGAACCUGACACUCCCGCCCGCAGCAACCCAGCCAAACCUCAGACCUCCUCUGCAGGACGGUUUGCCCUGGUGCCCCACGCCAGGGAGGUCGAGGAAGAAACGGAAGCCCUACACGAAGCAACAGAUCACCGAGCUGGAGAGCGAGUUCCUCCUCAGCGAGUUCAUCAACCGGCAGAAGCGGAAAGAGCUGUCCAACAGACUGAAUCUGAGCGACCAGCAAGUGAAGAUUUGGUUCCAGAACCGGCGGAUGAAGAAGAAGCGCGUGGUGAUGCGCGAGCAGGCGCUCUCGCUCUACUAGAGACGCCGCCCAGGGAGGGGGGCGUCUUGGGGCUGGCUCUGUUCCUCCCUGUUAAUCAUGAACUUGCCUCUUGGAGCGGCUGUCUACCGGCUCAG